CCGGAGAGUCGGAGGGAGUCCAACCGGAGCGGCCAGGUUGUGACUAUCAAAAGGAAACAGGAUCAUGGCAGCAGAUGACGACACUGGUGAUGGGACAAGUUUAUUUGAUGUCUUUUCUGCUUCUCCUCUUAAAAAUAAUGAUGAAGGCUCCCUGGACAUAUAUGCAGGGUUGGACAGUGCUGUUUCUGACAGUGGUUCCAAGUCCUGUGCGCCAUCAAGAAAUUGUUUGGAUUUAUAUGAAGAAAUCCUGACUGAAGAAGGAACUGCAAAGGAGGCAACAUAUAAUGAUUUACAGGUAGAAUAUGGAAAAUGCCAGCUGCAAAUUAAAGAGCUGAUGAAAAAGUUUAAGGAAAUACAGACACAGAAUUUCAGUUUAAAAAAUGAAAACCAGUCUCUUAAGAAGAAUAUUUCAGCACUUAUCAAAACUGCCAGAGUGGAAAUAAACCGCAAGGAUGAAGAAAUAAACAAUCUCCACCAAAGAAAUGAUGACCGGGAAAUUUUAUUGGAGUGUCAGAAAAAAGGGCCAUCAUUGAAAACAUUUACAUAUUUAGCUGCCAAGCUGGAUAAAAAUCCAAAUCAGGUCUCAGAAAGAUUCCAGCAGCUAAUGAAGCUCUUUGAAAAGUCAAAAUGCAGAUAAGUUGCUGAAUUCCUUGGAGUCUUAAUUGAUAUUGCAUACUACACAGAAGCUUCAAGUUCCUCAUGUUUUAAAUGAGGAACUAGAGGAGGGUUUAUCACAUUUUUGAUUACCAGAUGAUAAUCUUUGAUGACUCUCUAAUCUCAAGCCAGCAUGUUCAGCUUGUUCCAGUCAUCAGUCUAAUUUGUCUACCUGUUAGUGGUUGAAAUAUUUAUUUUUAGACAUGUUGAAAGGUAUUAUCAGAAUGAAAGCCACAAUGAUGUUGUAUUGAAAUCUUAGUUUUGAUAUUUUAAAGAAAUGACUUUUUUUUCUAGAUUUUAAAAAAGUUUUGUAGCAUUUUAAACUUAGCAACUAUUUAGUUCAAGUUUUCAUCCAUUUUUAUUUGUUUUUAUAAUUACCUGUCCUCGUUUUGGUAUAUUGUAAAAUAAUUAAAUAGUGUAUUUGUAAAUAUGUAUAAUUAUAAUGAUGUAAAAUAUUGUGUGUGUGUGUGUGUGUAUGUAUGUUUGUGUGUAUGCAUGCACAUAAAUGACUUUGCUUAGCCAAGGAUUUUUUUACUUGUAUGAUUUUUUUUUGUAUAAAGUUUGCUUCCGAUAAUAGUAAUGUAUAAUAAAACCAUGUAAAGUUCUGUUGUUUUUUGA